GAAAGGAAAACACGAAGCUGAUUGCAUUUCAAGCUUUGCGGACGGGCAGAAAAUUCUUAUCAUUUCCAUUCCACAGCAGCGUAGUGCGCUUAGUCACGGCUUAUUCGUAUUUCGUCAGUGGAUUUAUAUUUGUGCGUAAAACUAUCGACAAAUUGCUGUCGCAGGAAGUGAUCUCUGAAUUGGUUUCGUGGCUUGUUCGGAAACAGUCCCAUUUUUUGGUGGAAAGAAAACGUGUGCGUGUUAUUUUUUCGACUCAGUUUAUGGAGAAAGAGCAAGUGAGCGGCGACGACAAAGGUUAGGAAAACAAUUAAAAAACAACAAAAAAAAAAAACGAUCGCGAGGGCAGAGCCUCGUUUUGUGCACUGGGUAGUGGCGUUUCUGCUGGCCAUUCGUGUUUCACAGAGAACGGAAAUUUUCACUUAUGUUAUUUGUUCACUCGGAGCACAAAAGUCGAGCAGCUAAUUUUACUCGUGCUUGAGCUCCUCCGCAGCAGGAAAAACAACGCAGGUUGGCCGAACUUGUUCAAGGAGGCGAAGCUUUUCGCUGGCUGGGUGCCACGACUUUUCGGAACGUACAGAGCACAAACACCCGGCUUCAAAAUGAUGGAGGAGACGGACAGCCUGCCGAUUUUUGUUGAUGAUAAGAUCAACACGCGCCGGAUGUCAUCGGGUGGGUUUUCACCUCAACCGGAUGUGGUGGCGGAAAUCGAUGACAGCAUGUGUACGGUGCCGGUGAAUGAUGACGAUUUCCCCAGCAUGGACCGAAUGAUGGGGUUGGCCAACGGUUACCAGAAGGGUGAUUUCAAGGGUAGUUUUCUGCUGAUGGACGAAGGUGAGAUCGUGCAGGUCAAAUCGGGGGAAGUUUUCUGUAAAAAGUUGGGCGUGGCACCAGAGGCGAAAAUAAAGGUGGUCUCUAUUUUCGGAAACACCGGAGAUGGCAAGAGUCACACACUGAAUCACGCCUUUUUCGGCGGGAAGGAAGUUUUCAAGACUUCGGCUGAACCAAGCUCCUGCACGAUGGGAAUUUGGGCCUCGUUUCAUCGGCCAAAUAACGUGCUGUGUCUGGAUACCGAGGGGCUGCUCGGUGAGACGAUCAACGAAAACCGGCAGAUGAGAAUGUUGCUGAAAGUGUUAGCCAUAUCGGAUAUCAUUAUCUACCGGACGCGGUCGGAACGACUGCGAACGGAUAUGUACAAAUUUUUGGGAAUGGCUUCGAAGGCAUUUACCAAAUACUUUUCAACUGCCCUACAGUCGCUGGCUCUGCCCGGUUCACCGCAAUCGCUUGGGCCCGCGGUUAUCAUAUUCCACGAAACGCAGAAUACCGAAGUUUUGAAGGAGGACGAAGAGGGAAAGAAAGAGGAGGACAUCCUCAGGGAAAGAUUUGCCAAGUCAAAGCUGGAUCUGACGGCCUUCAGCUCACUGCGCUAUGUUGGGAUUCGGACAAGAGAACCACCAACCAAUUACGAACCGUUAAAGGUGGCACUGCAGCGAGAAUUGAAAAACACAACGGUUCGAUCCCCUCGGCAGCCGACGGUCGUUUUCGAUGCACUGCUAGCGCUGAACCGAAAGUUUAACGGGGAACUUUCGUCCUUUCCCAACCACACCUUCCCGGAGCAGUAUUUCACGUGCACCAUGUUUUGCAAAAGCUGCGAGGGUCGCUGCCAGCUUUCGAUGGGCCACCUAGACUCCAAGGAGGAGCACAAAUGCGGCAUGACGUGCAAAUAUCAGCACCAGUACGAGAAUAAGGUCUACCUGUGCAACAAGUGCUACGUAAACGGGCGACAGGUGAUUGUCGACGUCAAAACUCAAGCCAGCAACGAUUCGACCUGGGUGGGGCUGGCCAAGUACGCCUGGCGUGGAUCGGUCAUCGAGUGUCCCUACUGUGGGGAAAUCUACCGUUCCUGGCAGCACUGGUACGGGAAUAAACCACCGGAGCAGACAGCGGUUAGAACCGAAAUCGUGCAUGUUUGGAACGAUGGUGGACUGGUCUCCCGAGCACCGACCUAUUCGGCUCAGCUGGUUUUGGAUAAGGUUGCCUACGUAGCCGGAGCUGUGGCUAGCGUCGGCGAGCAACCAACGAAAUUGAUGAAGUCUUGGGUGACGGAUAUAGCUCGUCCCACCUACUGGCGGCCGGACAGUGAAAUUAUUCACUGUAAAGGUUGCACCUGCAAUUUUGAACGGCACAAUCUAAAGAAGCAUCACUGCCGCAACUGUGGAGAGGGAUUCUGCAAUGCAUGUUCGAAGCACGAAAUGCCCGUUCCAAGCCGGGGCUGGAAUUCUGCGGCGCGGGUUUGCAACAGCUGCCGGGAUGAGUUGCUGCGACAGGAACGAUCAAACGGAACAGCCGACGCGGCCAGCGGACGAGGGUAUCCAGCAGUAGUUAGCUGCGAAACUGAACCAGAUAUGACGUCUUCUGCAGGCAACAAUGACAGCUCAAGUUCCGGAGAAGCGGAUGCCAACGUGAUGGUGCGCAAAUAUGGCGAGGCCGUCAUCAAUACCAUUUGCAAUAUCGGUGCAGUACUGGAAUAUCCAAAAGAUAUUAUCAAGGACAGGGCACGGCCCUCGUACUGGGUCCCGGAUGCGGAAGCUCCCCGCUGCCAUAUAUGCGAGCUGGUGUUCGGCUGUCCCGAAGAACUCAACUCGACCACACUGCUCGUUCAUGCCGGGCCUGCCCUGAACGGGAAAAACCCGGUCCGUCGGCAGCUGCUUGCGGCGGCCGCAGAUGACGGCUCGUCCGGUGCAAGCAGUCCGGUUUCCGUUUCCCCUCAGUCACCGUCGCAUUCAUCCUUCCUGGCCAUCGAUCGACGAAGACACCACUGCCGAGCCUGCGGGAAUGCCAUCUGUGCCGGCUGUUCCGAACACCGGCGGCCUGUGCCGAAACGAGGCUGGCACAGCGAUGUGCGCGUUUGCGAUUCCUGUUUUGCCAGCAGCGAUUGAAGUUAGUAUGCCUAAAUUGCUUAAACAAAAUUGAUUUUUUUUCUUGAUGACAUACAAGUGAAAGCGAAAGAGAUAUGUAUUGCUCGAAAUUAAACGGUUUGAUAAACGAAUGUGAUAAUUUGAUUUUAAUUUGGAUUUCUUUUUCGAUUAUUUUUGAUACGUGUAGUUAGUGCAACUUUUCUAAAGGCCAUACAAUGGACGUAGUUUCCUGUUAUGUGGAUUGUUAUCAUAGAAGACUGCAAAUUCGAAGCAUAAGACGAGAAUAGUUUGCGUUUGUUUUAAUUAAAAAAAUCUUGAAUUAGUUGUAAAACACAAGCCAGGACGCGCCUAGUGACGAUACGUAUAAAGAGGCAGAACGCUUCUACUACAGUGACGAAAUUAAAAUACAAACAAGAUGCAGUUAUCCAUGUUAAUAUUAAAAUUAGGGCUGCCGCAAGAUAUAUUCUAGCAGUGUAGUAAGUGCACAGAUAUUGUUAAAAAUUAUAUUUUGAGUAAAA